AUGCUACAAAUGCAAACUCACAAGAUUCACAUCAUUCUACGAAUGCAGGGAUCUACAGUUAUUUGUCAUUCCGUGGUGCUGCAGCUGCCCCCUUACAAUGCUGUUCUCUUGCCCUGGCCCCUCUGCUUGGUUGAAACUGCAGCCCUGUUCUUCUCGGUGCUAGUCCCAGCCCCCAAGCAGCUCACGCUGGAGCGACAGCUGAACAAGAGCGUGCUCAUCGGCUGGAAUCCUCCAGACAAUUGCCCACCAUCUGCUAUAGAGAGCUACCACGUCUACGUUGAUGGUGUUCUCAAGACCACAGUUAAGGCAACAGAGCGGACGCGGGCACUCGUCGAGGGAGUUGACUCCACCAGGCCCCAUCGCAUCAGUGUUCGUUCAGUCACACCAAAUCGCCGUACUUCACGGGAUGCAGCAUGUACAAUGGUCAUAGGGAAAGAUGUACCUCUUGGUCCAACUAGUGUGCGUGCAAGCCGUGUCACCAGUUCAUCAGCUGUCAUCUCUUGGCUACCAAGCAACAGUAAUUAUCAACAUGUUGUAUGUGUCAACAAUGUGGAGGUUCGCACAGUAAAACCUGGAGUUUACCGGCACACAAUUACUGGCUUGGCUCCCAACACAGUUUACCGAGUGACAGUGAGGGCAAAAAACAUAAGAGCCCCACACUUUGAUGAGAAGAAUACUCAGCAAAUGGAACGGCUGUCUGCACACAUUGAUUUUCGCACACUACCAAAAGGUCUGCCCGACCCUCCGGUUGACAUCCAAGUGGAGCCAGGCCCUCAGGAUGGAACCCUGCUAGUCACCUGGCUCCCUGUUACGAUCAACACAACAGCUCCGGUCACAGGCUAUGCAGUCUAUGCCGAUGGCAAGAAAGUCACUGAUGUUGACAGCCCAACAGGAGAUCAUGCCUUAAUAGAUGUAAAUAAGCUGCUUGGAUUAAACCCAAAGCAAGUGACUGUACGGACAAAAUCCCGAGACAGCCAGUCAACUGACAGUGUUCCCACUCCCAUACCCUCCAGUGCUCUGAAGGGCAAAACAGCAAAGGAGUCUGCUGCACUGGAAAGUGCGAAAGCAGAUAGAGACCGUCGUCAAAGAGAACGCUAUGGCUCUGCAGUACCACCACAUAUGAGGCAUCAUCAGCAGUCUUCAGGACACAGGCAAAUGAGGAUUGAUUCACAUGGACAAGUUGUAAUAGAACCUGAAGAGAAUCUUAGUGAUAAAGAGAUCUACCCUGCAAACAACAUGAACAUACCCUUAAUAGAGGAGGAGCUGUAUUUAUUCCCUUAUAGAAACAGUAGAUCGAGUAUAGAAAUUAUGACAUUGUUGUUUGCUCUUGUAACAAAAAUGAAUCAGUGA